AUGGACACGAGUGUUAUUUUACCAGUGGAAGCAGAGGGUUUUAUUCAGAGUUUGACGACUUUUAGCCUAAAAGACGUGGGUUCUGCUGGGUGGUUCAAACAGCAUGAGUAUAUUGAGAAACUGAACAUGCAGGCCAUCGUAAGUGCUACUGCCAUGCACGAUGAAUUUGUGAAAGAGCUUCUGGUGUCCCUUAGAAAGAUUCCAGUCCUCGUUCAUGAGAUGAUUCUGAUUGAGGUCUGGAAACACAAGGUUUUCCCUAUUUUAUGUCAACUUCAAGACUUCAAGCCCCAAAACACAUUUCAGCUUUACAUAGUGAUUCGUCAUGAGGCCACCAUCAUAAACCUACUUGAAACGAUAAUGUUCCAUAAGGACUCAUGUGAAGCAGCUGACGACUCUGUUUUGGACCUAGUGGAUUACUGCCAUCGUAAACUCACUCUGCUCGUCAGUAAAGUGACCAGGGAGGGGGACGCGAUGCACGAACAACUCAGCAAUGUGAAUACAGUUGACGCUUCCUCUCUAGAGGAGUUACAAAAUCAAAAUGUUGCUCUGGAGUUGGACAUUUCACUAAAGGCUCUCUCAGUCCUGCGUUACAUCACUGAUCACACAGACAGUAUUAGUGUUAUUAACCGGUUGCUCUGCACCCACAACAUCCCCUGUGUCUUGGUUCAGCUAAUCAACUGCUGUCCUUGGAGCCGUUGUAAAGCAGGUCAGGUUGAAAAGUACAUGAAUGGCAAAUGGCAGAAGGUUCCGGAUGAGGAUCGGUUGAAGAUCACUAAACUGGAUGCCCAGGCCUGGAUCGCCUUGUACAAUCUUCUCCUCAAUGAAAACUGCCAACAGAAAUAUGAUUUCAACAACUACAACAAAAACCAGCUUCUGAAGUUGAGGAGUUUCCUGACUGAAGUUGUGAUUGACCAGCUCCCUGCCCUGGUGGAUCUGCACAGGUUUUUGGCUCAUCUCGCUGUCACUGACCCCGCCCCUCCAAAAAAGGGACUCAUACUGGAGCAGAUACCAUUCAUGUGGAACCAUAUUGUGACUGAGAACAAGGGGAAAUACAAAGCAAUCGCCAAGUAUCAAGUAAAAGAAACCUUUAAUCCUUCAGACAGUGACCUGAGGCAACAGGCUCAGAGUUUGGCUCAGACAUACAACCUGGAGGUGAUGGAACAUUUACUACCAGAGAAACCCAAGUGUGGAUCCUGCGGAAGAGAAGCUACGAAAAGAUGCUCCCGGUGUCAAGGAGAGUGGUACUGCAACAGGGAGUGUCAAGUGAAGCAUUGGCCCAAGCACAAGAAAAGCUGCCAGCUGAUUGUUGAGAGCACUGAGAAAAUUCAAAAGGACUUGCUAAAAGACUGGACCAAUUGA